CGCCGCUUGGAUGCGCUGUGUAUGCUGUGGUAGUGACGUCUGCUACAUUCACACGGAAGACCGUCCUUUCUACUAAUUUAAACGCAAUUUGUCCGAGAUAGGCAGGACUCUCAACACCAAGGCUCUGAUUUCCACAUUAUAAAUACAAAAGUAAAUGAUUUCUGGACGAAGUGCCUCCCCCUGCAGGGUUGUUUGAGAGCUGGCACCAUGGGCACCGGGCUGGCAGCAGAUGUGCUGAAAUAAGCCAGGCCCUUCUUACCCUGUGAACUCCUCCUCGGCACCCGGGACCCCACCCACCAGGGAACGCCAGGCAUGGCAGGCUUCAAGCGCGGGUACGAUGGGAAGAUCGCCGGCCUCUAUGACCUGGACAAGACACUGGGGCGCGGCCACUUCGCCGUGGUGAAGCUGGCCCGUCACGUCUUCACGGGGGAGAAGGUGGCGGUGAAGGUCAUCGAUAAAACCAAGCUGGACACGACGGCCACGGGCCACCUCUUCCAGGAGGUGCGAUGCAUGAAGCUGGUGCAGCACCCCAACAUCGUGCGACUGUACGAGGUCAUCGACACGCAGACCAAGCUCUACCUCAUCCUGGAGCUGGCGGACGGCGGCGACUUGUUCGACUACAUCAUGAAGCACGAGGAGGGCCUGAGCGAAGAGAUGGCCAAGAAGUACUUCGCCCAGAUCGUCCACGCCAUCUCCUACUGCCACCGGCUCCACGUGGUCCACCGCGACCUCAAGCCCGAGAACGUGGUCUUCUUCGAGAAGCAGGGCCUGGUCAAGCUCACCGACUUCGGCUUCAGCAACAAGUUCCAGCCGGGCAAGAAGCUGACCACCAGCUGUGGCUCCCUGGCCUAUUCCGCCCCAGAGAUCCUGCUAGGGGACGAGUAUGAUGCGCCAGCCGUGGAUAUCUGGAGCCUGGGUGUGAUCCUCUUCAUGCUGGUGUGUGGACAGCCGCCCUUUCAGGAGGCCAACGACAGCGAGACCCUGACCAUGAUCAUGGACUGCAAGUACACCGCGCCCCCCCACGUCUCUGGCGCCUGCAGAGACCUGAUCGACCGCAUGCUGCAGCGGGACCCCAAGCGCCGGGCCUCGCUGGAGGAGAUCGAGACCCACGCCUGGCUGCGGGGCGUCGACCCCUCCCCCGCCACCAAGUACAGCACCCCGCUGGUUUCCCACAGGAACCUGUCUGAGGAGGAGCACAACAGCAUCAUCCAGCGCAUGGUCCUGGGGGACAUUGCCGACCGUGAGACCAUCAUCGAGGCUCUGGAGACGAACAAGUACAACCACAUCACUGCCACGUACUUCCUGCUGGCUGAGAGAAUCCUGAGAGACAAGCAGGAGAAGGAGAUCCAGACCCGGUCCUCCAGCCCAAGCAACAUCAAAGCCCAGUUCAGGCAGUCGUGGCCGACGAAGAUCGACAUCCACCAAGAAAUCGAGGACAGCCUGGCCGCCUCGUCCAUCUCCCACGGCGGGGGUCCGCAGUCCCCGGCCCGCAGCGCCGAGAACCUGCUCAACGGGCACCGCGGGAAGGGCCUGCUGGACCUGGGGCGGCGCGAGGACCCCGGCGAGCCCGCCCCCCCGGCCCAGGCCCCCGCCCCCCCGGCCACGGACUCCGCCCCCGGCCAGCAGCGCACGCGCCUGUUCAGGGUGGAGGAGGACGAGGAGGAGGAGGACGAGCCGGCGCCCCUGCCCACGCAGGUGAUCCUGCGGCGCAAGCCCUCGGUCACCAACCGGCUGUCCUCGCGCAAGAGCGCCCCCGUGCUCAACCAGAUCUUCGAGGAGGAGGGCGAGUCGGACGACGACUUCGACGCGGCCGAGAGCCUGCCGCCCAAGCUGAGCCGGCUGAAGAACAUGGCGUCCCCGGCCACGCCGCACAAGCGCUUCCACCGGCGCACCAGCCAGACCCGCGGCUCCAGCUGCUCCAGCUCCGAGACCAGCGACGACGACUCGGAGAGCCACCGCCGCCGCCUGGACAAGGACAGCGGCUUCACCUACAGCUGGAACCGGCGGGACAGCAGCGAGGGGGGCGGCGGCGGGGGCAGCAGCGGGGGCGGCCAGAGCAAGCCCCCCGGGGACGGGGGGGUGGGGCCGGACAGGGGCAGCCCACCCGGGGGCGGGGGUGGGGGAGGCGGGGGAGGUGGAGGAGGUGGAGGAGGAGCAGGAGGAGGGUCGGGUAACAGAGGACAGGGCAGCCCCUCCUGCUGCUCCACCCGCAGCUCCAUGAGGACGGUGGGCGGGGUGGUGGAGAGCCUGAAGCUCAUGAGCCUCUGCCUCAGCUCCCAGCUUCAGCUCCUGAGCGGGGCGGGCGGGGCACGGGCAGGACGCUUCAUCCUGGACCCCCAGGGGUUCUCCAGCUUGGGGAUGCCGGAGGUGUCCUCCUGGAGGAUGUGCGUGGGCUCCUGCGGGAGCCUGGACAUGCCCCUGCCGGGCCCUCACAUGGGGGCCACCCUGAAGGCUCUGGACCUGGCUCAGGAGAGCUCCGCCUUCAGCCUGAAACACGGCCUGCUGCAGGUCCCGCUGUGCGACAGAACCAUCUCCGUCAACAUCCAGCGCAGCCCCCAGGCCCGCCUGCUCUGCGCCCCGGCCCCGCCCACCUGCUGCCAGGUCAUCUGAGGCCCCGCCCCCCUCCCACCUGCUGUCAGGUCAUGAGGCCCCGCCCCCCCACCCA